UUAAUAAAUCUGGCCGGCGAUGUUCGCGCGGCGACGCAGCCGAGGGUAGUUAGUAGAACGUAGCAGCGUCUAACCACAGCGUCUUUCGCGGCGAUCGAAGUUCAGCUCAACCAGCCAGCCAGCCAGCCAGCUUUGCUCAGAUUCUCAAGGAAAGCGGUAAGGUAACCACCUUACGGUAGAGCAUUUUCUGCUUUAGUGGUGGCAGCACGUAGGGGGUUACUUGGAGUGGGGGUGCUUGGAAGGCUUAAAAGGCCUUCCGACGUCCUUGUAACACGCAGUCUUAGAAUCAAACAUACUCAGUAUUCCGUAUAAGUGAAACGAAAGUGCGAGGAAUACUUUGCGACUCUGACUCCGGCAGCGCAUCAUUGGCCUGACGAAACUUUUAUCGCGGUGAACUUCCGACGGAUCUCGGUGUGUAAACCGAGAUUGAUUAACCGAGUUUAAAUCGUCGUAGAGAAGACUCGUCGUCGGAGGAAGAAGUUCGCAGCGAAGCGGAGAUCCACGGAGGACAAGAAGCGGAUUCUCUUCCUUCACGAGACAUCCUUUUCUUCACUUUCCCCUUAAUCCCAGUUUAAGUCUCGGAUUUGUGAUUUGUGAUCGUACAAGUGAUAAUCGAUUAAAAUAUUAUUCAUCAUCCAUUGAGAGACCAUGAGAGGCGGAAUGAGUAUCCGCAUAAUUACGUCCGUUUUACUGGCCACGUCGGUAUUCUCACCGCCGAUGUCCGGUGCACUCACGACUUUCGGGAAAACCAACCCGCAGAAUCAAAACCAAAACCCGCCACCGCCUCCUACACCAGUUGGUAAAUCUCGUGAAUGCAAAGUGCAUAGCGACUGUGUUGGAAUUCAAAACACCACGUGUAUAUCGGAUCAUCAUGGAAAAAGUCGAUGUCUUUGCAGCGAUUACUCGACGCCAGUUAAUGGUGCCUGUACUAAUAAACACAAAGCAAUUCAUAUGCCCUGUAAUGACGAUUCAGAAUGCGUAGAAGACGCUCAUUGUAUUCAACGCAACGCUACUAUGGGAAAACGCUGUUACUGUCAAGAGGGAUUCUACGAAGAAAGCCCAAUGUUCUGUAACGGUUGCUCAUCCAUCUUCACGUUGUAUACGACGACUCUUCUGGCUGCUUCGCUCGUACUAGGAAGAUUUAACUACAUGUAAAUCUCUUUACGAUCUUUCAAAGUAAUAUCUUGAAAAUCCCUAAAUCCAUACGAAGGUACACGAUAAAAAACGGUCCUGUUUCGGAUUAACGAAUCAAAGGAGAAGUAACUGCAAGAAAUACGCUUAUUUAUAAAAGUGUCAACAUUUCCGUUCAUUUGACGAAAGCGUUUCAGCAGAAUGUGCGUGUACAUUCAAGGUAUCUAAUAUAGAAUUGAUCGGAAAGAUAUCCAAUCGAGCAGUUAUUCUCUAGAAACUACAAUCGAAAUCUGGGGAAUAAUCGAUUCCGAUCGAAAACCUGCCCGAGCAUUUCUAUAAUAAGGGUCCGGGUAUUAGAAAGUUGACGAACAUUUAUGUGUCAAAUAGCCACGAAUUCUGACCAGAUCCCAACUAAAUAUAAAUAGUGUGUCCCAGUAAUCGCGCACUUUCACCCAAUCCAAUGUUUUCGAAAAAAAUUUUGGAAAAUGCUAUCUUUGUAAUCUUUUUAACGGAGUCUUGCGUAAAAUAUCAAGUUGUUUACGCGUUUGUGAAGACUUUUAAGUUCCGUAAUUAUUGGCAGCACCAAAGUUAUCGAUUCCUUCAUAUUAAUGUAAUCACCAUCCUUUCCAAUUUGCUACUUAUCAACUGUGGUUUAAGAAAAGUGCACGAUUUCUGGAACAGUCGGCAGAUUAUGUUGCAAGCGUACGAGAAAAAUUUUGUGUUUACCUCUGAUUCGUUUUUAAUAUCGGAAAUUAAAAUCAGAUCCACAUUCACGUGAUUGUUUAUAGAUAACUGCUAGCGCUCAGCGGAUUGUAUAAUUAGUGUUAAAAUGCAUAACAUUGCAAAAAAUUACAGAGAAAUGUUCGAAUUAAUUCAAAUUUCUUCUAUAAGAACUUCCAACAAUUCGGAAUCUUUCUAUUUAUCGCUAACUUUGAAUCUGUAUAAAUAAACGAUGACUCAAGUAACAUCGUCAAUUUUAUCUUGCCAUAAUAUUAACAGUUUAAUCCGAUUAUCUAUUUAUACGCAGCUUAUACUCGCGAUUAAGUGGGGAAACCGAACGUUAAUUUUGAACCAUCCUUAUAUGCGAACGAUUAUUAAUUAAUUAAAUUUAAAUAUAAGCACUGAUCCUCCGUACUCGUGUAUAUUUUCGAUAUAUCAAGCAUUUUAACAUUAUUAUUGCUAUAGCUGAAAGAGAAAAAAAACUAUUACAGUCGUUGCAAAAAGAGUCCAAUUGAGGGAAAUAGUUCAAUAAUGUAUUCCACGCAAAUUCUAUCUUAUCGCGUGAUCUAUCAUUUGAUUACUAUUACCAUAUCCCGAUUUUCAUGUUGCGUUUCAACAGAGAUCAUAGCAUGAGUACGGAAGAUUAAAACGGUAUAACAUUUACAUAAUACACGUAAAACUUAUCGUUAGAUUCAUACUUUGGCUAUCUUUAAAAUCUGAGAUAACAGAGAGUGACGCUUUAAUAGACAAUUUUUGCAGUGUACAUAUUUAGGCUUCGUGUUUUAACAGCACCAAGUAAUAAAAACUUUCGGAUAUGCACAAAUUAAUAUAAUUUAUUCUGACGUAUUUUCUUCAAAUAUGUAGAACUUAACUUGUAAGGUAGAGAAAAAAAUCUUAGAACGAUAUAACCCAAGCGCAAAUCACGUAAAGUUGUUUACACCAGUAUUUUAAUUCUAAGGCUCACAAUCAAUCAAUCUAAUUUGACGUUUCGUCGAUUUAUGUCAAUUUCAUCUUAAUGCAAUGUCGAUCCGCAAACCGAUUUGAAAUACGCCUCGAAACAAUUAUUGAAUCAACUUAUAAAGAUUUUCUUGUGAGAAAUAUGAAAUUCUGCCAACGAUGCCUUAAUUACCAAAAAUGUAAUGCACACGACAAAUAAUAUAAUAUAAAUAUAUAAUUCUUUCCGCUGUCGUACACUUAAUCUAAUCGUAGAAGUCUAUCGCAGGCGUGUGUUUAAUUUAGUAUAAGUAUCUUUUGUAAACUUUGUAAUAUGAUACUAAUCAAGAAUACUUAGAAUUAUUGUCCUCACUCUAAUAUCAUUUUAUGUAUUUGAAUAUUUUGUGCACAAAUAAAUCUUUGAAUCUU